GAGGCGCGGAAGCGGAAGUCGCGCGGGCCGGGCCGCUUUCCUGCCGAGCCGCGUCGUUGCCCGCCCGGUGCUCGCUGCGGCGCGGCGGCAUGGGCGAGAGCACCAGCCCCAUCAGCGUUAUCCUUGUGAGCUCGGGCAGCCGCGGCAACAAGCUGCUCUUCCGCUUCCCCUUCCAGCGCGGCGCCGAGCACCCCGCCGCCCAGGCCAAUAAACCACGGAGUCGAUAUGCGGUGAAUAGCUCUGGUGAUACCUCAGAGGACCAAGAUGGGGACUCCAGUCUAUGUUUUUGUUUGUGUUUAUGGCCAUGUUCCCAUUUCAGAGACCAAUGUCCUCUAACCGAUGAACAAUUGGUUUCAGGGUUUUCAGAUGUCAUCCUGGCAACAAUUUUGGCUACAAAGUCAGAUAUGUGUGGCAAAAAAUUUGAACUGAAGAUUGAUAAUGUUCGCUUUGUUGGCCACCCUACGUUGCUUCAGCAUGCCCUUGGGCAGGUAUCCAAAACAGAUCCUUCACCAAAGAGGGAGAUGCCCACUAUGAUCCUCUUCAAUGUCGUGUUUGCCCUAAGGGCCAAUGCAGAUCCAUCAGUGAUAAACUGCCUACACAACCUUUCCCGCCGGAUCGCCAUCGUCCUGCAGCACGAGGAGCGCCGCUGCCAAUACCUGACCAGGGAGGCCAAACUCAUCUUAGCUAUUCAGGAUGAAGUGUCUGCCAUGUCAGAAACUACAGAAGGGCCACAGUCACCUUUUCAUCACAUCCUGCCCAAGUGCAAACUGGCCAGAGAUCUCAAAGAGACUUAUGACAGCCUCUGUACAACAGGAGUGGUCCGGUUACAUAUCAACAACUGGCUGGAAGUGAGCUUCUGCCUGCCUCAUAAAAUCCAUUAUGUUGCAACAAAUUUUAUUCCCCCUGAGGCGAUUGAGAGAAGCCUGAAAUCUAUCAGGCCUUACCAUGCCUUAUUGCUUCUAAAUGAUGAGAAGUCAUUGCUUAAUGAGCUCCCCUUGGACUGCUCUCCUGCCCUGGUGAGAGUAAUUAAAACUACCUCUGCUGUGAAGAAUUUGCAGCAGCUGGCUCAGGAUGCUGACUUGGCAUUGCUGCAGGUUUUCCAGCUUGCUGCACAUCUCGUUUACUGGGGAAAAGCAAUUAUUAUUUAUCCGCUGUGUGAGAACAAUGUCUACAUGCUUUCACCAAAUGCCAGUGUCUGCCUUUACUCUCCAUUGGCAGAUGCAUUUUCCUGUCAGUUCCGGGGCCACAAUCUGCCAUCAAUGCUCUCCAAGUUCUCCCUCCCGGUGUCACUCUCAGAGUUCAAGAACCCCCUCGUGCCUCCCGUGCAGGAGACUCAGCUCAUUCAAAUGGUGAUAUGGAUGCUCCAACACCGACUCCUCAUUCAGCUCCACACCUACGUCUGUCUGAUGGUGCCUCCAAACGAGGAGGAGUUCCGUGCCCAGGAUGAAGACAUGCCCUUCACCGCCAGAGUUGGAGGCCGAAGUUUAAGCACCCCCAAUGCUCUUAGCUUUGGUUCUCCAACUAGCAGUGAUGACAUGACUCUGACAAGUCCCAGCAUGGAUAAUUCCAGUGCUGAGUUGAUACCUGGCGGGGACUCACCCCUGAAUAAAAGGAUGACAGAGAAUCUCCUGGCAAGCUUGUUGGAACACGAGCGGGAAGCUAUUCUCAAUGUCCCUGCUGCCCAAAACCCAGAAGAUCUUCGCAUGUUUGCAAGGCUGCUUCACUACUUCAGAGGCCGACACCACUUGGAGGAGAUCAUGUACAACGAGAACAUGCGGCGCUCGCAGCUGCUGAUGCUGUUCGACAAGUUCCGCAGCGUGCUGGUGGUCACCAGCCACGAGGACCCGGUCAUUUCGGUUUUUCAGUCCGUCUUGAAAUGACUGCUAGUGGAAACUCCAUUUCACACCUCCCCGUGCGACAGCUCAGUUCUGUGUGAGGGGCUGUGUGCUCCUUCCCAGCCUGGAUUUGUGCCGUGCCACACUCACAGCACAGGAGCUGCUGUCUCGCAGACCUUCCCUGGGACUGCUCCUUCGUUGGGGCUGUUGAGAUGGGUGAGAGUGGUCCAUGACUUUUACUGCAGUGUUACUGACGUGUGGGUGGAUGCUUCGCACCAGAGCUGCUUUCCCUGCUCUCCACCACCACUGAGCAGUGGGCGCUGCUCAUGAGCAGCCUGUCCUCACUGCUUGGCCUCUGCUUAAGGGCAGAGUGAAGUUGGCCUGGCUCUUAGGGGAAUGAUCCUGGGUACUGAGGAAUUAAUUCUGUGUGACCACUGUUAUCCAGAAGCAAUGGGGACAUAAAUAGGAAUGCAAAGCAUCACA